GGAACUACGACCGUCAUUCCGCGAUACACCACCGACAGGUGUACUUGAGUUCAAAAACAGUAGAAUUUUAUUGCUUAUAAACUAUUAUUUUAUUCCUGUGAAGAUGUGUAAAUAGCAGCGACACGAUAAACAUGGAAAAAGUGAAGGAAAACGGAUUGAACGAUCGGGGAAGUAAAAGUGCGAAGAGCAAGCUCUGGGCUUAUUUCUUCUGGCUCUUCGGUGGGCUCUUCGGUGCGCAUCAUGUAUACCUCGGCAGGGACGAUCAGGCGUUCGUGUACAUCAGCACAUUCGGCGGUUACGUGGGUUGCGGUUUUCUCAGGGACAUUUACAGGAUACCUGCGUACGUGGCCGAUGCGAAUGACGACCCGGCGUUCAUUGAGGAUUUUAAGCGGAAAGUUAGAGCCAAUCGAAAGCCGCCGUUUUCCACGGUACGAUUCGCGGCGGAAUCCGCGGUCGCCUACUUAUGGGCCGAGCUGUUCAACAGCGCGAUUCCGCAGGAGGAAGUGUAUGGGAUUAAUUUCAGGCAGCUGCUGAUCCUAAUACCAGCCGUGAUCGCCCUAGGUGUGUGGACGGUCGGAAACAUCGGGAGAGAACAAGGUUCGAUAUGGAAAGCGCUUAUCACAGCGUAUCUGUGUUAUCCGACCUUGUAUUACAUCGGCGACGAUACAAUGUGGAUCUUCCUCAUGGUGGUUGCCACGAGCCUGAGCUUCGACACCUUCAGCAAACAGUGGCGGCUGAAACCGAGGAAGAAAAGAGGCUUCAUCCGGCGAAUGGUAUGCCUAGGCUUAGCGCUCAUGCUCUACUUCGCCAUGAUCGGCAGCUACUUAUACUUCAACGCGGUGAUCACGGAUAGCGAAGGCGAGGAGAUCAAGCUGUCGGAAGCGGUGCAACACUUCCUCACCUCGCCCAUCUGGACAGAUCUCAAGGCGAGUCUGGAGGUCACGUGGAAUCAGGCGAAGCAUCAAGGUUUCUGGGCAACGUGGGGGCAACUGGUGGACCUCACGGAUCCUUGGGGCGAAAUAAACGCUUACAAGGUCCUGGGUCUCUCACAAACCGCUUCGCAGAACGAAAUCACGUCGCGAUGGAGGACUCUGUCCAGGGACAAUCAUCCUGACAAGAUUAAAGGCUCGGAGGAGGAAAGACGCAUGGCUCAGGAGAAAUUCAUGGAGAUCCAGCAGGCAUACGAGAUCCUGUCUCAGGCGAAGAAUCGCCGGAAACGACGGAAUCGCCGUUCCGAGCGUUCCGAAGAGUGAGCGCGCUUUUCGACGCGGGGGAUCAAUGAAGAACGAAAGAAUCGGGACAAAGGAAUCCCCAAUCCAAAUAUGCCGAUCCCCGUAUCUCAACCGUGUGUAAUCAAAAAAAAGGACAGUGCUUGAUUAAUAAGACAUUUAUUUAAACAACCAUCUGACAGUAUAACUGCAUCGAUAUAAAAUCUUGUACGUAAAACGCGUAUAUUAUAAGUUAAGGGAGGGGGGGAGGGGGAGAGAGAGAGACGUGCGACACGCACAUCGAUCGCAAGCCCGCUCGACCAUUUUUAACACUUUAAUCGGUAAGAAACCCCCGAGGCCUCGCUUCGAGCUAUACACACUCGCGGUUUCUGCAGGAAAAUCAAACAAAAAUCGAAAUUCCGUUUACCGGCGAAAACCGACGAGGCGACUUCCCUCAACAUGUUCAUGUGAUGUGUAUCACGAUCGUCCAACGCGAUUGUCUUUAGGGUUUAGAUCGUUCGGCUCUUGUGAUCGUGACUUUUGCGAUUGUAAACCGCGCUCGCGCGCCGCGUCGCGCCUCACGCGCGCUCCGCCGCACGUUCCGCCGCGCCGUCGCGCGGAUCCAUUAUACAAGUCUAAAACUAAAAAUAAGAUUCGACCGUCCCGAAUGUUUAUACGCCCGGCCGCGGCGGUUUACAUCGAAAACAAUCCCGAGUACGCGGGCCGUAAACAUGACAACACUUUAGCAGCAGCCGCACGCCGACUGGAAAUCGUGCGGUGAUUUAUCGAAGUCUCGAAGGUGCUCCCUUUCUUUUUUGCCUCCGCGUCGCGAAAACCACCAGGUCCUUCUCGGGUGACAAAUGCAUCGCUAAUAUUUCUCGGCGAGGUAAAAACGAACGAUCUAUACGGUCUACUUGAGGGACACCGCGGACUCCGGACGACGACGAUGAAUCGACCGGUUGCAUCAGGCAACAGCGGAAUCGAAUAACACGUAAAUGAUCUCAAAUAGAUCACAAACACUCUUGUCCGUCUCGCUGCUUUUAUUACGUCAAGCAGACUCGAGUAAUCUCUCCCCUCGCGCGUGUUUUAACGCGAAGCGGACGACUAUAAACGCGGCACGCGUGCAGGUCGUCGCGACCGCGAAA